CCCCCCCCCCGCAGCCUUCAAGACACACUUCAAAGCACACUCAACUACCGGCCAGGCCUUUUGCUUAAUUUCGCCAUGUCAAUGAGUCCCAUGGUUAAUCUCUCAUCAAAGUACAAAGAAUUCAUGUUUGAUGGGACCGUCACAUUGUUCGUCGGGCGAGAUCGCAAAAAAAUGGAGAUGCAUAAAAAACUCCUUGCAAGCAUAUCCCCAGAGCUUGACAAGCACGUCAACAACAACAUGAAAGAGGGCAUCGAGGGCACCAUACAUUUCCCGGAAGAGGGGGAAGGUAUGGUCACACUUUUUACCGAAUGGGCGUACACUGGAGAAUAUGCCAUCGUGGACAAUACACCGCCUCCCCAUGCGGGGAUCCAGACACAAGUAAAAGUGAAUCUAUGGCCUAAACUUCGCAUGCACCUUGAACUCUACGUCUUCUCAGACAAAUUUAACAUACCCACCUUAAGACUACUCGCAAAGUCAAAAUUCUCCCUAGCAAUCAACACGGUCGACGUAACAGACCAGGUUGAUGCGACCAGCCUGAUUUCGAUGAUAGAGUAUGUCUAUGACAACCUCCCAGACUCAGACCCGAUUCCAAAAUUCCUCGCCCGAUUUGCUUCUUGGAAAUGGGUGUUUCUACGUGGGAGAGAUGAAUUUAUUCGACUUAUGUCGACUCAGCCGGAGUUCAUGAAGGAAUUGAUUGUGAAUUUGGCAGGCUUAGGAUCCAGGCCAUCCCUUUCUUGACGACAAGGGUCUGAGUAUUGUGACUGCGAGUUAUUGAUCUCCAUUUCUUUGAUAAUAAAGACACCUUGUACUCUCUCUUGCGGUGAAGGGUGGCGGGGUAUACCCUCUUGCUCCCAGGAGGCUGGGCUAAAUUGAGAGGAUUUGUCGUGACGGUUAUUUCUCUUUUUUUUUCUUUGGUGUCUACUAGUGGUGUUUUCCUUUUCUGCCUGCUUUUUUUAUUUUGGGGGGAUGUGCGGCUGGUUCCACACCAGGGGGGGGGGCUGUAGGAUUGGAAGACACUGGACAAGGUUGGGA